AGGAUGGUGUGGCCAGUGAAGGUGAUGUGUGGAAAGAAAGGGAACAUGAGGAGAGAGGGCAUCCAUCAAUGUAAUCUGGAAAUUCCCGUUUUCUACUGCAGCAGGUUUCUAUGGUUUUGAUAGAAGAACAAAGGACUGCAGAUGCUGGAAUCUAGAUGAAAAACACUAUGAUGCUGGAGGAACUCAGCAGGCCAGGCAACAUCCGUGGAGAAAAGCAGGCGGUCAACCUUUCGGGCAGGACUUCAUUCAAGUUGCGUUCUGAAGUUGAUACUGUGCUGAUGUAUGAUGGUUGAGCGGAAGCUCUUGGUGUUGUUUGGUAGCCAGACCGGCACAGCGCAGGAUGUGGCCGAGCGGAUUGGCAGAGAAGGAGUGCGGCGCCAUUUUGUGUGUAGGGUGUUGCCUUUGGAUAGUUACACAAUAGCUGACCUGAUCCAGGAGCCUCUGGUGGUGAUCGUGUGUUCCACCACAGGCCAGGGUGAACCUCCAGACAAUAUGAAGAAAUUCUGGCGGUUUAUCUUCCGACGGAAUCUUCCUGCUGCCUCUCUCUCCAUGGUGAAUAUUGCUGUCCUUGGUCUUGGAGAUUCUUCCUACCCCAAGUUCAACUUUAUUGCCAAGAAGCUGAGUAAGCGUUUGAUGCAAUUAGGAGCCAACAAACUGCUGCCAGUGGGAUUGGGUGAUGACCAACAUGAUCUGGGACCAGACGCUGUCAUUGAUCCAUGGUUAAAAGAAUUCUGGGAUCAUGCUUUAAGAAUCUAUCCUCUCCCGCCAGGGUUAACUGUGCUUGGUGAUGAUGUCAUAUUACCAUCAAAGUACCGCUUCCAAUUCGAGGAGGAUGCCACCAAUGGUUUAGCAGUGGGACCACUUAACACAAACCGAGAAAUUCCAGGCCCACCCUCACAGCUCCACCCAUUCCCCGCUCGGAUGAUCGCCAAUGAAAGGGUCACAGACGAAAACCACUUCCAGGAUGUGCGACUCAUCACCUUCGAUAUCACUGACUCUGGCAUUGACUGCAGGUACUCAGCAGGGGACGUAGCGAUGAUUCAACCUCGAAACUCACCAGACAGUGUGGAGCAGUUCUGUCAACUCUUUCGUCUUGAUCCACAUAAAAGUUUUAUCCUGAAGCCCAAUGAUUCAGCAACACCACUUCCUGCUCGACUGCCACAACCCUGCACAGUUCAAUACCUGGUUGAGCGAUACCUGGAUAUUAACUGUGUGCCUCGGCGCUCCUUCUUCGAGCUUCUGUCGUACUUCUCUCCCGACGAGUUAGAGCAGGAGAAGUUGAAGGAAUUCAGCUCGGCCGAGGGUCAAGAAGAGUUGUACAGCUACUGCAACAGACUUCGCAGGACCUCCUUGGAGGUUCUAUUCGAUUUCUCACAGACCACAGUUGCUGUUCCAGCCAAUUACCUCUUUGACCUCAUCCCUGAAAUGCGACCUCGGGCUUUUUCCAUCGCUUCUUCCCAGUCGGCUCAUCCCAGACAGAUACAGAUUCUGAUGGCAGUCGUUCAGUACAAAACCAAGUUGAAGAAGCCUAGGUGUGGCGUGUGUUCCAGUUGGUUGGCAUCCCAGAACCCACAGCAGGGUGAUGUGUAUGUGCCAUUGUGGGUGAAGAAGGGGAUGUUGCAGUUUCCCACAGACACUGCAACGCCCAUUAUCAUGGUUGGACCAGGCACAGGCGUGGCACCAUUCCGAGCAGCAGUACAAGAACGUGUUGCAAAGGGGAGAACAGGCAACUACCUGUUUUUUGGCUGCCGAGGGAAGUCAAAGGAUUUCUUCUGUCAAGCCGAGUGGGAGGAUCUGCACCAGAAAGGCUUGCUGACCCUCUUCACUGCUUUCUCCCAGGAUCAGGAUCACAAAAUAUACGUCCAACAUCGGAUAAAGGAGAAUGGAGCUGUGGUUUGGGACUUGAUUCAGAACAAAAAGGCAUACUUCUACAUCGCAGGCAACGCCAAGAUGAUGCCAGCACAGGUCACCGAUGCCUUGAAGUCAGUUUUCCAGUCAGAGGGAGGACUUUCCGAUGCCGACUCUGAGCACCUUCUUGUGGAAUUGGAACGAUGCAAAAGAUUCCAGACGGAGACCUGGUCUUGAAGUUACAUAUCUGGGCUCGGAGCCCACACCACAGUACGUGCCUUCUGGAAUGAGGCGUCAGUGAGCGCCAUCUGAUCACGGGGCACUUGACUCUGGAGCACGAUCCUGCUCCUCUUACUCAGUCACUGCUGAAGCGAAAGAGAUUGUAUGUUGUAAUAUAAUUUAUCAAACAAAACAUUGCCCCAUGAGAUCACUGGUCACCCAGAAUUAACUGUGACCACACUGAAUGUGACAAUUUAAUGGAAUAAAAUGGAUAAAAGCA